GCGAGCCAAUGGUAGCAACACAGAAGCCGGUUGUAUUGUGUGGAGGGGUUCCGAAAUAUAUGCAUAGCGUUCUUUUUUGGAAUGUUGGGAUGGCCAAUCCUCGCUUCGAGAGGAAACUAUCUUUGAUUAAAAAAAAAAAAAGAAGAUGAGCAGGGGUUUUCCCCAAUAGAGCAUCUUUAUUCUAGCCUGGAAUCCCAGCCUGAGCCAACCAGAAUGAAGGGAAAGAAAGGGGGCGUUAUAAGCGAUGCCAAUGGUUCGAGAGGGCUUGUUUGGUUUUCAGCGCGUAUUAGGGGUUGAGUUUGCCACGUCUGCGGGCUUGGAAAGCGGGUUGGUGGGACACGGAGCCUGGCAGUAGGCUGGUAGCGCAGCCUUCUCUUGGCGAAUGCCCAGAAACACGAGGAAGUUCCCAGUUUUGCGCCGUUGUUGUGAAGGGGAAUUUUCACGGACGGCUGUUCCAGAAUCCGUCGCUUGCUAGCAAUGGAAGAGUCCCACUAAAGUAUUUUUCGCCGAAUUUUUAAUUACGAAAUAUUUCGAGGUGAUCUUAAAGUACGGUACCCUUGGGCAAUUGAGUCUCCGUAGUAUUAAAGGAGGGAAAGGGGAGGGUUGUGUACGUAUAUAUUCAUGUUCAGUUUUAACUGAAAUGCAGAUAUAAACUCAAAGGGCAUUUAUUCCGAUAAACAAAAUUAAAAAUGGAAGUUGGUUUUUGGACGUUAGUUUCUUUUGCCUUUUUGACUUUGGGGGCUGGAGCUCUCAUUCCAGAACCAGAGGUAAAGAUCGAAGUGAUUCAUAAACCGUUCGUUUGCAAGAGGAAGACGAAGCUGGGAGAUAUGCUGCUGGUGCAUUAUGAAGGCUUUCUCGAGAAAAACCGGUCCCUUUUUCAUUCCACCCACCAGCAUAACGAUGGCCAGCCAACAUGGUUUACUCUGGGUAUCAAGGAAGUUAUCCCAGGCUGGGAUAAAGGUUUGACAGAGAUGUGUGUAGGAGAGAAGCGCAAAUUAACAGUUCCUCCAUCCCUGGCUUAUGGAAAAGAAGGGAAAGGAAAAAUUCCUCCUGAGAGCACCUUGGUCUUCAGCAUUGACCUUUUAGAAAUCAGAAAUGGACCAAGAUCUCAUGAGUCCUUUCAGGAAAUGGACCUUAAUGAUGACUGGAAGUUAUCGAAGCAGGAGGUAAAAGUGUAUUUGAAGAAGGAAUUUGAAAGGCAUGGUGCACCAGUCAAUGAUACUCACCACGAUAUUUUGGUUGAAGAUAUAUUUGAUAAAGAAGAUGAGGAUAAGGAUGGAUUUAUAUCUGCUAGAGAAUUUGUUUAUACGCAUGAUGAGCUAUAACAUUUUUCCAAAUAAUUUCCAGUGAGGAGAAGCAAUCAUUUGCAAAUCUGGUGCAUCUAAAAUGUUUUGUUUUCUCUACUUUGGAGAUGUCUGUUACUCAAGGAAGGGGGCGGGAGGCAUUGUCUAUUUUUCUAUAUAAAUUCUUCUUGCUACCAAAAGUGGCCGUUUUUGUGUAAGGCUUCUGUACAAAUGAAGCUUAGAAUUAUAUAUUUUGAUUAUUUAUAUUUGAACAAAAUGGAACAAAACCCUUCCCACGGAUGAUUGUUAUUUAAAUUUUAAAUUCUUUGAAUUCUUAUAUUUUAAUGUGCUGCUUGGUCUUAACUGUUUGUUCCAUUUCUGUGCUUUAUAAAAGAAACACUACAAGCCUUUUAAUAAGUAGUAGCCACUUGAAAUGAUAAAAGUAGAUUUGUGUUUCAUUAUUUUUGUAGUUUAUUCAUUAGCCCCCAUGACCUAGACCAAAUUAUAUCAUUGUUUGCAUUGCUGUAGUGUCUCCCAUGUUAAGUAGUUUAAUUGCAAUAAAUGUGAUCUGGACUAGAUUAGACAGGUGUCUUGGAAACUAAUCUGGUUCAUUCGAAAAUAAGGUUUUUACAUUCUUGACAUCAAAUCCUUUUGAUUUUUUAAGUGUGCUGUUUAAAUAAGCUUAGACCAUUACAGGACUUCUUGCUGUCAGAUUCCUCUCUAUCAAUUAUGUUCCAUAGUGGAGCAGGAACAGUUUUGGAUGCAAAUGCUCCUAUAGCCUGAAAGCCCUUCCCAGGAGAGGCUUUAGAUUACAUUAUCCAGGCUCAGCCCUACAGAAAUUAGCCAACACACUCUGCCUUCUUGUUGCUUUGGUAUACACAGUUUUGGUUAUUUGUAUUUUUAAAAUGAGAAUUUCAAAGGCAGAAUCUGCUUUUUUUAAAAAA